AAGACUAAAGUCCUGUAAAGCAGAUGAACAAUACCACAGCCAGCAUAUUUCCAACUACUUGGCCAAACAACUCAUUUACUAGCAUGAAUGAGACACUAGGGCCAUCUACACUUUCCAGCUUCAUCAUGUCCUAUAUCUCGGACGCUCAAAAUGAUCCACAAAUGAGGCUUGCAAAAAACUCCUCUGAGGACAAUGACCAAAUAUUCUUGACAACAGCUGCUGCUAAAGGCAUCUCGGGACUGUUUGUUUGGACAGCCCUGUUACUGACUGGCCAUCAGAUUUACCUCCAUCUUAGAAAUUACACUAUGCCCAACGAACAGCGCUACAUCAUCCGGAUCCUGUUUAUUGUGCCUAUAUACUCCUUUGACUCAUGGCUGAGCCUGCUACUGAUUGGCAAUGAUCAGUACUAUGUGUAUUUUGACUCUAUAAGAGAUUGCUAUGAAGCUUUCGUUAUAUAUAGUUUCCUCAGCCUCUGCUUUGAAUACCUUGGUGGGGAGAGUGCGAUUAUGUCAGAGAUCCGUGGGAAGCCAAUAAGGUCAAGCUGUUAUUAUGGAACCUGCUGCCUUCAGGGGAUGUCUUACUCGAUAGGAUUUCUGCGGUUCUGCAAACAGGCAACACUGCAGUUCUGCAUUGUGAAGCCCAUUAUGGCCUUAGUUACAAUUAUUCUACAGGCAUUUGGAAAAUACCACGAUGGAGACUUUAAUGUUCAGAGUGGUUACCUGUACAUCACCAUCAUCUACAACAUCUCAGUGAGCCUGGCGCUCUAUGCACUCUUUCUCUUUUAUUUCGCAACCAAAGAACUUCUCCAACCUUUCGAACCAGUGCUUAAGUUUCUUACAAUCAAGGCUGUCAUUUUUCUAUCCUUCUGGCAAGGGAUGCUCCUGGCUAUACUGGAGAGAUGUGGCGCCAUUCCGGAAGUGCAGAACAUCAAUAACAACAUGGUGGGUGCCGGCACCGUGGCAGCAGGUUACCAGAAUUUUAUCAUCUGUAUUGAGAUGCUGUUCGCAGCCAUUGCCUUGCGCUAUGCCUUCACGUGCCAAGUCUAUAGGGAGAAGAAGGAAAACUCCACAGCAAACCUGGCUCCGAUGCAAAGCAUCUCCAGCGGCCUGAAGGAGACCAUGAGUCCUCACGACAUUGUCCAAGAUGCCAUCCACAACUUCUCGCCUACUUACCAGCAGUACACACAGCAAUCUAUGCAAGACUCCGAGAGCAAAGCGGCCGGACAGAAUGGGCAACCUGCCACCAGUUCUAGUAACAGUGGGCACUCAAGCAAAAAGAAGAAACAAAAUGAGAAAAUGAUGCUGAUCAUUUCAGACGAUGAACUCUAGAAGACAAUGAUUAUUUUGUAAUGAAUUCCUAAAACUUUGUUUACGUAGUUUUUUAAAAAAUCAAGUGGGUUUUGAGCAGGACAUUCGGAAUAACCCAGGAAUACAUAUCCACUAACACUGUAAAUAAUGUACUUAGCAGCUAUUGGCGGUAAUUUAUCAUUGCACUCUGAACCAACAAGACAAGUAAUUCGAAUAAAGACAGAGUAACAAUGAUAUUGACAUGUUCUUUAGCCAGAAUUGGACUCUGGCAUUAUAUCAAUAAUUUAUUUCAUUGUGUUUAGUGUUGUAUUGUACUACAUAGAAAUUGUGUUGUUGUUUUUUUACAGUAAUUUCCACUUUUGCCAAAAAAAAAAAAAAUCUGAAAAUGCAUUUUUGUGAUUUGUAUAUUUUUUGUAUAAUUAGAAUGAAACUAUAAAAACCCUCACUGGCAAGAGUUGUGUCCGAUCUGCAUGGAAGGUCAAUGUCACUGCUAGAAGUCAGAGUGAAGAGUUUACAUUAAGAUGCUCCUCACACUUUCUCCAAUAGCAGAUGCAGAAUACUAAUGGGACAAUGCGUCAAAGUCAUUUCAUCUCAACUGGAACAAGCAGCACAGCAUAUUACAGAUCAUUUAAGAAAGAUUGCUGCAGAAGCCUCGCACAAAGAAUCUUUAUCUGGUUGAAUAUUGAAGUCCUUAUGGGCUUCAUAUGAAGCAGCUUUUUAAUGCACCUGUAGAAAUCUUAAUAUACAGCAAAUAUAUUUG